UCGGUCCGAAAACAAAUCAAUCUGAAACAACUUUAGAAAAGUAGGCGUGGUAAGAAUAAUGUAGAGCUGUCUACAGUAAAACAAACGCCACAUGUCUCGCCCUUUGCCAAAAGCCACCACAAGUUUUUGUCAGUACCCGAUUCUCUCUUUUAUUCCCCACAGAUUUUAUAGUUUCUUUUUAAAAUAAUACAUCAAACUCUUUUUUUUUUUUUUUUUUGAUUCCUUUCUCGAUCUCAUUCUCUUCCUUAUUCUUCCAAGAUUCCAGACGAAAUGGCUCAGAAGGUAGUGUUGAAGGUUUUAACCAUGACGGAUGAUAAGACCAAGCAGAAAGCCAUCGAAGCUGCAGCUGAUAUCUUCGGAGUUGAUUCGAUAGCAGCAGAUAUGAAGGAGCAAAAACUGACCGUGAUCGGUCUGAUGGAUGCAGUUGCGGUAGUAAAGAAAUUGAAGAAAGUUGGCAAAGUCGAUUUGAUAUCGGUUGGGCCGGCAAAAGAGGAGAAGAAAGAAGAGAAGAAGGAAGAAAAGAAAGAAAAAAAGAACAAGGAGAAGAAGGAAGAAAAGAAAGAAGAAGAACCUAAGAAAUAAGUAAAUCAAUAUUAUAAAUCCUAAGGGUACGAAUGGUGAUCAGGGAACGACGAGGAAUAAUGAAUUCCCUAAUGUUCCUAAAAAAAAUUACCAUUCACAAGGAAUAAUAAUUUCCUCUCAUUCCCUUUCAUUUCUUUUUUUGUAGAGAAUUAAAGAACAAAAUUAUUCCUUGUCAAAUUUGAUAAGGAACAACCAUUCCUUUUCAUUCCUGGUA